GGUCGCGCAGUAUGUAGCGAUGGAUAAGUUAUGAGUCCCUGGCUGAGGUUUUGUUCACAGUUUGAAUGAUUUAUCAGUGACUCACUCUACUUUAAUUAUCCUUCUCAAUGGACGAUACUUUAAGUAAUUUCAUUGAAAAAACUGGGACAGAUCCUAGUUUGGCGAGAGACCUUCUUGAGAGUACAAACUGGAAUGUGGAGGAAGCGUUGAGUGCAUUUGAAACUCUGUCUUUAGGAUCGUCUGCUAGCAGCCACAAUGAAGUACCGAAGCGCGUCAAACCUUUUCCUAGUGGAAAAGCUGGAAGGGGUCUUUCGAUGGUCAAUGCAGACAUUGUUGGUGAAGCAAGACAUAAAGUUAUUGAAGACAAAAUACCAGGAACCGAUGAGAGAUAUGAAGGGUUCGAAGGAAUGUCCGACUUCACGUUUGUGCUGCCUGAUUUGUCUAACUACUCUGAGGACUUGAGCGAUUUCCUGAGAAGAGAUUUAAUUGAGACCUCUGUUCUUGUCGCUCUAGAACAAGCAGGUAAGAUAAUGAAAGAAUUUAUGCUUUGUCUAUUUCAGGACGAAUAAGCUUUUGUAUAUCUUUGUCCAAGCUUAAAAUAUUUAUAAGCCCGUAAUAAUGCUGCACUGUUCUUGUUUUCAAUUUUUUCAUUUUUUUAUUGAAGUUCAGUCACCUUAACUGCAUUUCUUAAUUGUCAAUGACUAGCUAGAGUCGAACCUCAACUAACGAUCACCCCACCAAAGCUACCACUUUUUUUGUUUUAGCAAGAGCAUUUUAGUUGUUUGUUUGGUUAUUUUCUUAAAUAACAUAUGUCGUUUCUACAACAGCUAUCUUUCUAACUCUAUAAAGGCUACUCAAAAUAUAAAGUGGCCAUAGGGCCCAGUUUUCCGAAAGGUGGAUAAUGCUAUCCACUGGAUAGUUCUCUAUCAGGCUAUUGCAUGUAAUAUCUGCACCCCCUUCCCCCCCCCCUCCCCCCCCUUCCCAGUUUUGAGGACUUCGGUUUUCUUCCUACCCCUAAAGAUUAGUAAUAUCACUUUCACCCCUGAAGACUUCCCUAAAAUAUUGGUCUUCCCCCUGAAGAAUAUGGGUCUACCCCUGAAGAAUGUUGUGAAAAUUAAUAAAGCUUCAUUCCCGGAAGAAUUCCAUAUUUUUUUAACUCUACCCCUUAAAAAAUGCUCAAUUUUUAUAACUUACCCCCACAACCAGGAAGGGGGGUGUGCAUAUUAAAUCCAAUAAUCCAUCCAGUGGAAGGUGCAAAUUUUACUUAUAAUUAUCUGCUGGAUAGUGAUUUAUCAGGCCCCAGUUGUUCAAAAGAUAGAUAACGCUAUUGGUUUCCUUAACACUUAUCCACUGGAUAGCGAUUUAUCCCAUGGAUAGCACUAUCCAACUUUUGAAUUACUGGGGGCCUGAUGUCCAGGUUUCAAGCGGCUUAAAUUUCACCAUGCCUGGCAGGCCAUUAAUAAUUCAAAACUGAUCACCUGAUACAAAGAAUGUCUGCUCAAAUGCAGGAAAAAUGAACUGCCAGACACCUACAAACGAAAGCAUCAACGUGGUCAUCUUCAGAUGUUAGGUUUACAGAAUUGUUGUCUUCAUUUAUACAUUGAAUCCAGAUAUCAUUCACCACUUCUCCUCAGAAAAAAUUUCCCGUAGCCUCUGAUGUAGUGGUAGCGAAGUGUUUCAUAGGUGGGAAACUCAAGCUACAUCUUUGAGGUGUGAUAAAUUUUAUUGUUUAUGCAGCAACUUGAAAUAUUGAAGAGCAUUGAUAGGAGAAUACCUUAUAAUAUUCAAUUUGACCAAUAAAAAGGGAUAUCAAUGAAUUAUAAAAAUACACACACUUCUUUCUCCCCUGCUUCCUUCUUGGGUGACAAGGGUUUUUGUUUAGUCCCUCAUGUUAAAUCAGCACUGCUCUCCCCACUGUAACAAUGAAUGUGUGCUGUUAAAACACCAGUCAUGACUUGGUUUGCAGAGAUAUUUUGUUAAUUCUACUGCCCCUGGGGCUAACACUAUGUUAAAUGAGGGUCUCCUGUAUCUUUUUGUGAAGCAUGAUUGGGACUAUUAUUUUCUUGUAAAAUGUCAUUUAAGAUUUUAUUUGUUCAUGAUCAGACAGUUUUCAUUUGGAAAUAAAAGUGAUUUUGGAAUAAAAUAUAACACACGAACAAAAGAUUUGCUUUAAACAUAAUUCUUGAACUGUAAUUCUUGAACUACACUGUAUACCGUUCUGUGUGAACUGAUUUUUUUAAGGCAAUUUUUGGUACAUGUCAUGUUACCGACCUUGGAAAAUCUUUUGUUGUGUGUCCAAACACUGAUAACCACAUUUUUGAGCAUAGAGACCUUCCUUAAGUCCCUUUUUGUCUUCUCUGUGAGCCUCUUGCAGUCACUCCUGUGACAUAGGUAACACCACAUUUGCCAGUGAAAACUGCUCAUGAUCAGAUCUGAUGGGAUCAGGCAGAGGUGGUAUUUUGGUAAAUCAGGGAGGUGAAAAAGAGCUUCCUUGGGUUUGCAAUUCACUUCCGCAAAAUAUUUUCUUCACAAUAUUUUUAUGGUAUAUUAGUGCUCCUUUUGUACAGGCAUGAGUUCAUCUGGCUGGUUUUAGGGCUCUCUGCGUUUGUUUAGGUGUUGGGAAAAUGUCAUAGUUCAAUGAGUUGUACUUGCGUGAGUUCAUCCUGGUAAUUUGUGAAACUGGAGCAAGAAUUUCAUUCUGGGACAAAAACUUGUACAGUAUCUUGUAAACAAAGAACAACCACUUGUUCCAGGGUAAAAUCAGCUUCCCAGUAGACAGAAAUAGGUAGUGCAAAGUCAUUUGUAGUAUUUGAUUGGCAAAAUUGUCAGGGCCUUUAGAACAGGAAGGCCUGUUUGUUUUGUAAUGAAUGCUUUCUGCUUUGUGCAAAUCUCUACUGUGGGUUUGUUAGGGUAAGCUAAUUGCUGCGGGGCGACCGUAGGGAUCGAGCAGCAACAUAAUCAGAAUUUAAGGGAAAUAUAUAAGGGGCAACGCAUUCUCGAAUUCAUCACUUUUUACCACAAUGCAUUGCAUUUAACCACACUUUUUACCACAAUGCAUUGCAUUUAACCAGAGUGCAUUGGGCCACGAACAACUCAAAUAAAAACACAGGGAAGUUUGCAUCGUUCGCUGGCUAGACUCGGAGUUUUCUUUGUAGCAAAUUUUCUACAGCACGGUUAGAGGUCUUACCAAAUUUAAGGCACACAGGAGUCUUUCAGAUGAGCACGAUGAUUAACUUGGGGAUUGGAUUUCAAUUCAAGAGCCUUUGACUCGUCCAGGUGUUAAACCUGACGAGAAGAUGAGCAUUUGCUCUUCGACUCCGCAACAUGGGGGAGAUACAAUUUCCAGCUUGCUAGAAGGUGAUGUGAAAAUGGGAAAAUGUCAUGCCAUGCUAUUCUUAAGAACCUGUAUGAGCCGAAAAUGGAUGUGAUUUUGACCAUUCGCUUGAAAAUAACAGCGGAAAUCGAGAUAUGUUUUGUGUCCUACGUCGCAGACGAGGACGUGUAUCGGCGUUUUGAAAAGCAUAAUUAUGUUCUUUCAUUCAUUCAUUGCCAUGGAAUAUGCAUUUACAUUGUGUUUUUACUGUUAAUAGCUCGAUUAAUGCGGCUGGCGAUCAUCUUGCCGGCGGAAGUUUCAUGCAAAAGGCAUUAAAUUAAAAACUUUUCCCACAUUUCCGCAGUCAGUCUCUGUGGUGUAGUGGUUAGGUGUAUUCGCGUCGAACCGAUGGUGCCGGGUUCGAUUCCUACCGACCUCUUUUUUUUCCUUCUUUCUUUUUUUUUCCCUUUUUUUGUGAUGUUGUUUUCUAUAAAUAUAUAGCUAAAUAACUGUUACUUAAUAAAGUGCAAUAAACAGCAAGGAAAGUAUUGUGUUUCUAGAGAAAAGAUGGUACACUGUAUAUUAAAGAUAUGGAUAAAUAAUCUGAAUUUCUAUCAUUUCCUACAAUUUACUGUAGGAAAACCAGAGUUGAUAACCACUUGAUCAUUUUCUAAACAAGUUCUUUCUAUAGACUGAUAGUAAUUAUUCUAGUUCUUUCCAACAUGUAAAUAGGACAUUCAAUGUCAUUUUCGAUGCUUUUAAGUCCCACUGCCUAACUAAUGCCAGUAUCAACAGAGUGUGCCGCAGCAUUACUAUCUUUUAGAUACCCUAGUUUAAUGAGUAAAAUUAAUGCAGUUCUCCAAAUUUAUUGGUUAUGACCCUCUAUAUGAGGGAAACUGAGUCACAUAAGUGGAGAGAUAAAGAAACUUUUGAAACUCCCGAGGCACUGUCAGAUUGGUGUCAAUCCACAUAUUAUCUAAUUACUGCUAAUAAGAGCUAAUGUAAUACAUAGCCCUUAUUUAAAAACAAUGGGUAUUGUUAAAAGCUACAUGAGCUUGUGGGGUCAUUUGAAUUUAGCUAACUAAUGUCAAUAAAAAUCUAUAAUCUCAUGCGAAUAACCAGGAAAAAGUCACCCUUAGUUGGGGAGUAUAAUAUUGAAGGUCAACCUUUGGAAAGUGUUAAUGUGUAUAAAGAUUUAGGAUUAUUUACUGUUAGUAAUCUUUCAUGGAACCAACACGUAGAUAAAAUAACUGCUAAGGUUAAUAGGGUUUUAGGGUUGGUUAAGAGGACUUGUAGGGACUUAAAGGAUAUUGAUACCAUGAAGACACUUUAUUGUAGUCUUGUGAGACCUUUAUUAGAAUAUUCAUGCGAAACUUGGAACCCUCAUACUAAACGUAACAUUGAUAAAUUGGAGGCUGUUCAGCGAAGAGCUACCAGAUGGAUCACUAUGUCUGAUGAUGAUUAUGAUACUAGACUAUCUAAGCUAAAAUUGUUGUCAUUAUCUAAUAGGAGGUUCACUAGAGAUGUUACAUUUUUUUAAUGUAAUUAAUGGGCAUUAUGAUAUUGACAUUUCAAAUAUACUCAUAUUUUGUAAGGACAAAAAUACAGGUUAUAACUUGAGGAAAAAUGACACACAGGACCUUGUUCCAAAUUUUAGUAGAACUGACGGUUUUAAGUAUAGUUUUUUUAACCGCGUUGUAGAUGAAUGGAAUGGUUUACCCAAUCAUAUUAGAGAAUCAAACAGUAUUGCAACUUUUAAAAGAAAUGUUUUAAGCUUUAUUAAGGAUAGCUAGAACAUUUAGAUUUCUAUUUGUAUAUGUUUUUGUUAUAUUUUAAUUCGUGGGGGCAUCCCUAGUAUGGCGCAUUGGCACUUUUGGUUGUCUCCUUCUCCACAACCUUUUUUUUUUUAAAAUUCUUAUAGUAGUGUUAGCUUAUUUCAUUUCAUUAUUUGCUUGUAAUGUAGUGGAGUGAAUCUGUAAUAAAUAAAUAAAUAAUGAUAUGACAAACAGCGUAUAAGAUAAGAGGUUGGCAGGUCCAUCAUUUUUGUACAAAAAAUAUGUUGCAGAUUACUGUUGUAUAACUAUGUCGUAUGUAAGACAAAGAAAUAUAAUCAUGUACAUAAGGGAUGAAGCUAUGGAAACGUUACGCAUAGUUGCUUUUUUCUCAAUUUCUUUGGUUUUUAGUGCAAUUUGAGCCAGUGAUAUUAAAGCUCUUUUCAGCUGGUUAAAUUAUCUAGAAGGUGGCUCUUAGCGACAUCCCUGUAUACUGUAAAAUUCCAAAAAUAAGCCCCUCCAAAUAUGUCCCCCAAACCAGUGAUGCAAAAAACCCUCCAUUAAAUUGCCCCUCCAAAUAUAGGCCCCCUUUGGGCUUGUACUUGGAAAAUUGCCCUCGAAUACAAAGUAAAACAAAGCAAAAACGGUAAAUUUACUUCGAACUAUAAGGCUAGCCAGUCGAUUUGUAAAUGCAAACUUCCCUCCAUAGAUUGGCCCCUCCGAAUAUAAGCCCCUCCAAAAAUAAGCCCCUCAAAAAGGGCUUUUGAAAACUGAAUAUAAGCCCGGGGCUUAUUUUCGGAAUAUUACGGUAUGUUACCAGCCAUUGUAAAUUUGUGCUUACUGUUCGUAACUACUUUCCUUUUCUCUUCAGCAGGGAUCAAGCAGAGCUUGGUGGGUGACUAGCACCCUGGUGGGCUCCCUACAAUAUUAUUGCUAUUAUAGCACAACCUUGUGUAUAAUAUUAUUCUUAAGAGUUUUUUUUCUGGUUUCUAGGUCAUUUAAACUGGUGGGCCGAUGCAGGUGUGUGUCGACGUCUUGUUCCCCUAGCAACUGUGGGUGAUGGUAACUGCUUGUUGCAUGCUGCUUCUCUUGGUAUGUGGGGUUUCCACGAUCGUUUAUUAACUCUGCGCAAAGCUUUGUACUGUACUCUCACGAGCCACUUAGCCAAAGGAGCUAUCAAGCGACGCUGGAGACUGGAGCAGUGGCAGAAAAACAUCAAAGCUGGAGGGCUACUUUACUCUGAAGAAGAGUGGGAGAAAGAAUGGCUGGAGGUGUUGCGUAUUGCAUCUACUCAGCGGCGGGAUCAUGAGCACCUAACUACAGAGAAAAAUAAAGAAGGAGAGAACAUUUCAACUCUUGCCUCCAUUUUAGAAAAAUAUGUUGAAAGUGAAACAUCUGAUGUUCCUGUAAAAGAGGAAUCUACUCAUUCACCUGCAGAUUGCCAGCAGAAUGAUACCAAAGAUUGUGAUAAAGGUAAUGGCAAAUCAACUGAGCAUGAGAAGCUGUCAGAUAAGGAGGUUGAUGAAGAGGGACGAGGAGCUUUUGAAAGCCUCGAAGACAUUCAUGUGUUUGUGCUUGCUCAUGUUCUGCGACGACCAAUUAUCAUCAUAGCUGAUCAGUUUUUGUAUGGAUUUGGAGGUGAACCAAUUGCACCCAUUCCAUUUGGAGGAGUGUAUCUCCCUCUAGAAUGUGACCCUCCCUCUUGUCUUAAGAGCCCCUUGGUGCUGGCUUUUGAAUCUGCACACUUUUCUCCUUUGGUUCCCUCUGAUGAAAAAAAUGGAGGUAAAACUAGUUCUUUGAAAGCUGCUGUGCCACUUGUUGGACCAAGUUAUGACUUACUGUCACUUAAAUUUGCUGUUGACCCUGGAGAAGAUUUCUUGUGGAGUAGUUUGGAUGAGAAAGCCACCAUUCCAGACGAGUUGGAACUUAGUAUGAAUAAGAAGUUGGAGCUUUUGAAGAAAUACCUAAACGUGGAGAAUGUGAAACUACCUAAUACAGGCAAGAAAGACAAUCCAGAAGAUAAAAAGACAGCUACAAAGGGUGAGAAAUCCGAAGUGAGCAGUGAUGCAGCAAACAAGCCUGGUAGCAAAUCACCCACAAAAUCUGCAGAGAAGAAGGAAAAAUCCUGGAUUGCUACACAGAUUAUGAAAGUAGGGACAAUGGCUGGGAUGGUAGGUGGUGUUGUGCACAGUAAUAUUUAUGUGGCAAGGCUUCAAACUGACAAGAAACCAGAGUACUAUGAAAAGAUGAUUGAAAACUAUAUUGAGUCAGCCAAAGAGCGGUUUGAAGAAGAAAAGAAGGCUCAAACUAAGGCAACGAAAGGUGCAGGUAGUUCUGGUGAGAAGCCUCAACCCUGUAUUAACCCAGGUUGUCAGUUGUAUGGAACUUCAGCAACAAAUUACCUGUGUUCAGGCUGUUACAAGACUCAGAAAUCUUACAGUGAAACUGGCCGCUAUCUUGUUGGUGCAGGAUCAUCCAGUGGAAGGGAACCGCAGACAAAUUAUGAUAAUGGUGGUGUGCAAAGUUAUUUGCCACCUCCGUCAUAUUCUGCAUAUGUUCCUUAUGGCUAUUUUGGUGACUACUCCAGAACACAAGGCUCUAAUGUAGAGCAAAAGAAUACUGUUAAAGCACAGCAGCCGACCCAUGUAUCGCUUCCUUCUGGAACUUCUCAUUCAAGUAAAGAGACAGGAAAAGAGCUGCCUUCAUAUGCGGAAGUUAUGAAACUGGGUAAAACCACGGCCUUGAAUUUACCUUCUAGCACAUCUGGUCAUAGUACAGCACAGAGUGCGAGCUCUAGCAUCCCGGUGAGGUGUAUUACUGACAACUGUCCAUACUUUGGUAGUCCUCAAAAUAAGGGAUAUUGUUCUGGGUGCUACAAAGCGUAUCAAAAGACAUUGAAGUACGUGAUAGAAGAAAGCGAGAAAUCGCAGUCUAAAGUGGUCUGA